GGAGGAGGAGGAGGAGGGGGCGCCUGGCCUGGCCUGGCCUGUAGGGGGCGCCAACAGGCCCUCGCGGUUGUCCCCUCUCCCGGAUUGGGGGCCAUUGCCCGCCCCCGCCUGUAAAUGCCCCUGGCCCUUCUUGCUCUGCAGGCUGGCACUUCUUGGCUGGCACCUGGGCCAAGCGGCAAGACGGAGAGGGCAGAGCUCCCUCUUCACCUACACUGCAAAAAUGAGAGAACAUAAAAGGAAGCAAAGAAUCAACGUGUUUAGAAUGAUUGGCAAAAUGGGUAAACGGCUUACCUGGAGUGAACAACUUAUUUUGAAUGAAAAGCCUAAAAAAGACCACGAUAAGUCUCAUUCGCUUGUUGCCUUCGAUAAGGACUUGGAAAAAAAAGACAGAAGGAAUCAUAGUAUUCAGUGGGAUUUGGAUGUGCAACCUCUUAUCUCCUCUGUAAAAUGGCUCCAGCUUCAUGGGCUCAAGAAGAAUAAGAUGACCUUUUCUCAGAUUUUGUCCCAGAUUGGAUUUCGUCACAAAGAAGAUUAUGUAUCUAUCUUGGGGAAACUUGUGGCUUCACGAUAUGCAAAUGGACUGUAUCGCCAAUUCAGGACAGAGCCAGAUGGCAAGCUGUAUAAAUUGACAGCCAAAAAAGAUCUACUCGUUGAUUUUGUGGAUUGUCUUACUGAAGCUAUUGAACUAUAUAAACAAAGAAUGGAGUGGUUGACCACUGAAAGCCGGCAAAUAUUUGGGGUGAUUCAAGAACAGAGCAUUACCAUUGUUAUGGAUUUUGGUGUUGCUUCUAGAGCUGAGUUUGAUCUGUGCAGAGAAGCACUUUCAAUGGUAAUCAGACAGCAAGUGAUCCAGAUCACCAAAUUUAAUCUCAUUCAAGGGGCUCAAGAUUUUGUGAAGUGGCAGGACAGUGCCGUUCCUGUUACAGAGGAAACCAUAGAAGCUGCCAUUGAGUGGCUCUGGAUGAUGGACCAUGUGCCAGCUGUUUGCCACACUGGCCCCACAGAAGCUCUCUUGGAGGCAUUGUUUGAUGAUAUGACAGAAGCAGUCUACUAUUUUGUCGUGGGUGAUAUGCUGGAAUGCACAAGGCAUUUGCUAUUGGAGAAGAUAUCACAGAUCUCAUGCCCGGUCCAUUCUGUAUCUUUCAAUGCUAGAGAAGAAGACACCAUCACUUUCUUGAAGGAGCUGAGCCAACUGACCACUGGCAGGUUCCAUGCAUUUGCUGAAAGAACUGAUUAUGUGGUCAUGAUGGAAACUUCAGUGACUGAAGAGGAUGAAAAGUAUUUAACUGCCCAGAAUUCAAGAAAACUGAAAGGAAGUCUGCCUAUAGGAACAGGUGUCAGAGAAGAUGUAUACCUGAUCUGGAAGGAGCUGGAAGAAGCAAGGAAUGCAUUGACACAAGUUCAGAGGAUUCUGAUAGAAUUAGAGCAAUCUGAAUGUGUUCCAGUUUCCAAAACUGACAGCUCAGUACAUGAAUCAAAUGUCAAGAUUUAUGUGAAUUCCAAGGAGUGGCUUCAGAAGAAUGGUUUGAAGGCACAGAAACUGACCAUCUCCAGAGCAUUUGCUGAUUCUGCAUUUCGUCAUGUAGAUGGAAUUGUUGACAUAAAAACCAAGCCGCAAGAUGAAUCUUUGCAGACUGAUGCUGAGGCCAAUAAAAAGAUAAUCCAUGCAAAAUACUGUGAUGGUUUUCUUCACACAGUUUUGGAGGAUGGUUCUAUAAUUCACAUACAUUUGGAUGAUGAACGUUGCAAGCAGUAUGAAGAGCAAAUGAAGAAUGCUCUCAAUCAAAUGGAAAGAAGACUUCAGGAACUGAAGAAAGGGAGCAGAGCGCUCUUUGGAGAUAUUAAAGAGGACCACAUCUAUGUUCUCAUUGAUACAUCUGAGUCCAUGAAGGAGAAACUGCCAGUAGUGAAACAGAAACUAUUCCAGCUCAUUGAAGAACAAGUACAGAACAAAACAAAAUUUAACCUUGUUAAAUUCGAUGUUGAGGCAGUAGCUUGGAAAGAGAAACUGGCUGAAGUUAAUGAACAUAAUUUGGAGGAUGCUUUAAGUUGGAUAGAAGAACUGCAAGUUGGAGGUUCUACAAAUACACUGCAAGCACUUCAGGUUGCCUUUUGUGAUCCUGACACUCAAGCCAUUUACCUUCUUACUGAUGGGAGACCUGACCAGCCCCCAAAUACAAUUUUAGCCCAACUGAAACUUCAACGAAAUAUUCCAGUUCACACCAUUUCCUUUAACUGUGAUGAUACCGGAGCUAAUAAAUUUCUACAUGAGGUGGCUAGUGAGACAGGUGGACGGUUUCAUUACUAUCAUAUUCGUUUGAGGGACCCUGAUGCUCCAAAACCCUUUGAGUGUGAGGAUAUAUAUCUACUUAAAAAAGAAAUUGAACAAGGAGAAAAGGAACUGAAGAAAAUACAAACCUUCCGCACUGGCAAAGUAUUGAUGGAUUUGUUUAAUGGAGCAAAAGAUCCUCACGAUAAACAUCGCAGGCAGCAUGUCACUGUAACCCCACGAGUUGAGGGAAUGAAUCCCCCAUCCCCAAAUAGGCCACAUUGUGCCUCUGAAGAGCCUGCUUCGGCUUCACCACAACCUAUUAUGGAUGGAUGGCAGGCACGCUUUGAGAGUCCAGACAGAAAGAAGAAAGCUUUACAUGCAGAACAAACAAAGAGUAGCAUGCUUAGAUCUCAACGCUAUUCAGCAAAAUCUACUGAUCACAGUCAAAAUGGAAGGAUAUCUCCUGAACGAAAAGAGCAGAAGGCACCAAAAAUGGACAAAAAGAUGGAUAAAGACCUUUCAGAUAUCUCUUCAGCACGAUGGCUCAAGACGCAUGGCUUGGUUGCAAAGAGGCUCACCAUCAUGGAUGCCUUGGCUCCCACAGCUAUUCCCCGCACAACUAAAUACAUCCCGAGUCUAGACAAACAUGUAGUUUCAAGAGUAUUUGAUGAUGUUCUCCCCUUUGCCCAUGUGAGCAGUGAUAAGAAAUGUGUCACACUGAUUAAUCCUCAAGCAGUGGAUCUGGAUGCCUAUAAGAAGAGGCUGAAAGAAGCAAUAAAAACAUAUGAAAGGCGUCUUGACCAAAUUGUUUGGAGAGCGUUACCACAGGAAGAAAAAGAGAAGUUUGAACAGGGCAAGCCAGUAUCAUAUGUGGAUCAUAAGGAGUCAUUAUUAGAGGCCUUAGAAAAUGCAGGUUGGCCCAUUACCUAUGAGGAUGUGAUGCUGUUGGAAGAAGAGAUUCUGAUAGGAUUAACAUAUCUACAGCAGGCCAUUGAACUUCAGGAAGCUUCGAGAGAGGAAACCCAGAGAAUCUGCCCUCUCCGGAUCAGUCCCCCUAAAGAGGUAAAAAAGCAACCGAAAGGAAAAAUGAUUGACGCUCUCAAGGGCCGAAAAGUCAUUGCAAGAUCAGAAAGCACUGGAUUUUACUAUCCAGGGACAGCAAUAAGAAGUAUCACCCCUUUUUAUGCACUUGUUGAUUUUCUUCAUGGGCACACUGAGAUUGUACCAAUUAAAUUCAUUAUUGCUGUGGGUGGUGCCAUGCCUUGUCCUUCCUUACAGGUUGGAGAUUAUGUAUUUGUCAGAAUUAGGAAAACAUUGGGAGACGAGUAUUAUGUACCUGGUGUUGUGAUAGCAACCCCCCGUAAAACUGCAGCAGAUGAUAAGCUCUUUACAGUCUUGAAAUAUAACAACAGAAAGGAAUACUGUGUACGAAAUGGGCUUAUUAAAAUCAGUUAUAGAAGGUAUACCUGUUCCUGCUGCUACAUAAACAUGACACGAAUGAUGAAUUAUCUUGUACCAAACGUAAAGGUUGCAAAACACUUCCACAGAGGAGCUCCAGCUGAAGAGAGAGGGAGAAAAACAAUUGCUGUAGGAGGGGAUUAUAAGAAAGUGCACAGAAAAGGGAGAACUACAAGCAAGAAGGAAUAUCUCGAAGCAUGGGCUUCAUCGGAUUCUGAUGAGGAGUUGUUUCCUCCUAGUAGGACACUGAAGCGGAGAGAAAGUAGUUCCUCGCCACCUCCUCAUGUCAAAGAUGCAAAUGCAGCACUUGUUUCUUGUGGUUCACCACAUCGUAAUUCUCUGAGAGGUAGAAAGCAGCGGUUAUCUUCAAAUGCUUCCGAGUAUAGGCUCCUGAAGAAUCUUUGCUACUCCCACGAACCUUCUGGGCACCAGAAGAGCGUCUCUCCACUGGUUAGCAAAACUUUGAGCAGCAUAAGCAACAACAAUGACAGCCGAAGCAGCAGCAAUAGCAGUGCUAGCAAGGUCUCCCUUUCCAGCAUUGAGAAGGUGGAAGAGUUGGCAAGGCGGCUUCAGCAGUACCACAUCGCUCAAAGGAAAGGCCACCCGACCAACAGUAAAUGAGAAACUGUGCAGGGCAGUUAGGGGAGCAGCAGGGAAUGGCCACUAGCUGCUGAACUUCAUUAUAUCCAUACUAAAUAAACAAUUUAAUUUGA